AUGCAAAAACGAAGCCGAUCGCCAGCCAACGCCCCAGACCGACGCACCCGGCCUCGUCCGGCUUCUGCCCUCGCCUCCACGCUCUCUGCAGGCCGGCACACAAAGUCGUCUCUUCCACCCCUGAGAAGCGCCGCCUCCUCUGGUAACCUGGCUUCUCACACUUCGGCAAGGGCAAGAGCGAUGCCGUCAGGCAACGUCAAGGUUGUGGUUCGAGUGCGGCCGUUUGUGAAACGAGAACGGGAAGCCGGAGCUGAAAACCUCAUCUCCAUGAACGACAACAGUACCACGAUCAAACCUCCUUCUGGGGCGGCUACCAAUCCCAGAAACCCCACGGAGCCCAAGACUUUCACGUUCGACCGUUCGUUCGACUCGCACGAUCCGUCAUCGAAGCUAUUUGCUGCCCAAAACACCGUCUACGAUGAGAUCGGAGCGGAAAUGCUGCAACAUAACUUUGAGGGCUACAACUCGUGCAUUUUUGCCUACGGCCAGACAGGCAGUGGCAAAUCGUACACCAUGAUGGGCACCCCUGAUGACCUUGGACUCAUUCCGCGCACGUGUGAGCAGCUGUUCAAGCAGAUUGACGAAAUGGCCUCUGCGGACGUAUCUGUAACAGUCAGAGUGUCUUACUUGGAGAUCUACAACGAACGAGUCCAAGAUUUGUUGAGGCCCCAGAAAAAACAAGUGGGACCCGGUAGCCACAACAGCUCGUCUCUGAGACUGAGAGAAGCUAAAGAUACAGGUCCAUAUGUCGAAGGUCUGUCAGACUUUCCCGUGGAAUCAUACCAAGAUGUCAAAAAGUACUUGGAGCUCGGAAAUGCUAACCGAGUAACUGCCGCAACUAAGAUGAACGAUGCCUCGUCUCGUUCUCACGCUGUUUUCACGCUGGAAGUGAAACAGGUGCUGUUCGACCAGGAACAUGAUACCACAGAAGAAAAAACUUCGAGAAUCCGAUUAGUGGAUCUCGCUGGCUCGGAAAGAGCUACAUCUACGGGAAACACUGGCCAGAUGCUUCGAGAGGGAGGCCAGAUCAACAAGUCUCUCACUACCCUGGGUCGAGUUAUCAGCAUUCUGGCAGAGAGCAGCAGCCGAAACAGUGCAGCAGUCACGCCUUUCAGAGACUCGACGCUGACCUGGCUGCUCAAGGAGAACCUCGGCGGUAACUCCAAGACGGUAAUGGUGGCCUGUAUAUCUCCUACAGACUACUCCGAAACGCUGUCGACUCUACGGUAUGCUGACCAGGCUAAACGAAUCAGAACUCAGGCGGUCAAGAACCAGGACAUUCUAAGCGCCGCCCAGAGAGACCUUCAGAUUGAGGAGAUGCAAGAACGGAUCAAUGAGCUGCAAAACAAGGUAUCUGAGCAGUCUUCUCGUCCAGACCAGUCUUUACAAUCCACUGCAGAGUUUCAGAAGAUUAGAAAUGCCGUGAAGCUGUUCCAGGAUCGAGCAAAGCACGAGGAGAGCAAACGAAAGGCCCAAGUACUUGAACUAGAGGCACUGAGAAGGCAUAAUAAGCUGUUGACCGGUCAUAUCAACGACAUGGCAGUGCAAUCGCCGUCUUCUUCGUCAGAAACUGCAGAUAAAGACAUGUAUGCGUCUCUGGUGAUGGAGCAGGACUCCAUUCGGAAGGAUCUGGCUGAUCUGGGCCAGCUGGUCAAGGAGGAUGUCAGCAAGUAUGAGCGGUUGUUAGCUUGA